UCAUUUGUUCCGGCCUUUGUAAUUCCCUCAAAUUUUAUUUUAAUGUUCCUAUUUGGUGAUGUUUAGAUAGAAGUGAUCUUUAAGAAUCAAUAUGACUAAAAAAUUUGCAUAAAUUAUGUUUUUCCGUAUCGAUUUGACCCCAAUAUAUGACCUCGAGCUGAACCAGGAAGCUCGCAGUCAAAAUUUGAGCCGUGACUCAAAACAUGAUUUCUGUGUUGCACUCAUACACACGUCAAUUCAAUGUGUGUAUUCUAAUUCCAGUGUAUGCACUGUACUAGUUAAUGCCACUUCAGUGAAGCUAGUUCCGAUGACUUUUAGGAAGUUAAUCUCUUUCUAUCUGUUUCCAGCAAUCGAGGAAUUUCAACGCCAUUUUGUAUGUUUUCUUGAGCUUGAAAAUGCUAUGAAGUGACGAACUGUUGUAUUUCUGUCCAAGAAAAUGGAGGAUAGCUCCCAUAAUGGAAUUUUACUUGUGAAGUUACAAAAACUGAAACACCGGAAUAUCAUUGAUCCAGCUGCGAGUGCGAGUCAGAAUUCUUCAUAAAGUUUCAUUCGGGAAGCAGGAGCGAGCAAGGCCUACUGACUGUUUACCGUGCAUUAUAUAGUACAAUUAAAACUGCAGCUGUAGAGAGAACAGUACAUAAACAUGGCGGGUCCAGGCACAGAUACCGUGUAUGAUCUGACCAUCUUGUACAUGUCGGACGUCACCAACUGGUGUGAGUACCUCUUCGACAUAUUCAAUCCCUUCGAGGUCUAUCAGCAGUCGGAGGAGAUCACGACGUUCCCGACCCACGAGAGCACCAUACACCACAUCCGGAGCUCCCGCGUCCAGGUCCUCAUCAUCUCCCCGAAGUUCAUCGAGACGGCAACCUCUCAGAUUAGGGAGAUCACGGGUCCGAACUCCGUUGUGGGACUGCUCUGCGGUGUGGAGCGGGAGGAGCUGGUCCGUCUCCAGGACAGGAUACCGGACUAUGUGAAUUGGCAUCUUGUUGAUGCCAAAGAUGGACCCAGGUGUAUCACAAGCACCACUUUAGACAUUGUAGAUGAAAUGAUCAAACUCGCAGACAGGACUGGGUCAAAUGACCUUUAUUUGCCAAUGGUAGGCGUAAAAGACGAUGAACAGAAUAAUUACAUGUCAAUGGAAAGAGGAUUACCAAGUGGAGUCGAUCAACAUCAAGAUCAGGACACUUACCAAUCUAUGACAGGCGCUCCACAGGAAGAUCUUUAUUUGGAUAUGGAUCUGCCCCCAGAUUCAGCACAAGGAGAAGAGCUUUAUUUGGAUAUGGACCUACCUCCCCAGCAAGAUCCAGAAGGGGAUGAACUUUAUCUGGAUAUGGAGUUGCCUCCAGUACCAGUUCCAGCGAAGGAAGAGGAAGAACUUUAUUUAGCUAUGGAUGAUCAUCUUUUAGCGCCUGAUGAAACUGAUAAUACAUAUGACCUCUUUCCAGACAACACCUAUGACUUCACUGAAAUUGGAACAUUACCAACAAGAGGUUCACAAUGCUUUCCUGUACCUGAUAAAGUCAGAGUAGGGGUAGCAGAAAAGGUGGUUGUAGUAUUCCUCGCCAAUAGCAAGACGUUGGUGCAGAACUUUGAUGGGUCGUAUAAAAUCCAUAUUGGGUUUGAUAAGAAAUCAGCCGAUGUUGUAGCCACGUACAUCAAUCCCCAUACACUCAGAUUUGAGUCCCCGAAAGAUCUACCCGGAGGCAUGUACAAAUGCACGCUGACCCACAACGGUACAAGCAUGGCAACCUUCAAAUUGGGAUUCCUCAGUCCUUCGGCCGUCCUCUCGGACAUCAUCAGCAAGGCUGUAAACCCCCUCAAUUACCUCUGCGACGUCCUCGGGAUCUCGCCAGCCGACAGCAACCAACUGGACAAUGAGCUCCACGAACAGUGCAAAAAGUACAUGCCUGAGAGGGGAUUCAGCCAUCUCUUGCCGGUGAAAGAGACGAGCGUUGGAAAGCAGGGCACGACGUUCCCGACGGCGCUGCACUUCGCGUCCAAGUUUGGACUCCUCAGCGUGUGCGCUAUGCUCUGUGAAUGGCCUGGAGGCGACCAAGCGCUGAGGAUAAAGAAUAACGAGGGAAAGACGCCAGACCAGAUGACCAAGGAUGAAAAUGUGAAGAGCUUCCUCGUCGGGCGUAAGGAACGGUCAGUCAGCCAGCAGCCUUCAAGUAACAUUGGUUAUGUGGUCAUGACCCAGAAAGAACAGCAGAAGUCAAAGCUUGGAGGAGGGCCAAACAGCCCCCCAGACCAGGACAACCCUCGGAACAGACCAGAGUACGACUUUCCGUUCCCCGUGGCAAUCCCCGUCAACCCCAGCAAAGAGGCUGACAUACAUAGACUAAUAAGUGGUGAUCCUGAUGAUAUAUAUGAUUACUAUGACAGCUGGGGGAAAACAGAUAACACUAUGGUUAGAGAUGGCGAUGAUGAUGAUGACGACGAUGAUACUCAGGAUUUGCCUCCACCUCCUCCGAUUCCACGAGAUGCUCGCUCUGGGCCUAUUUCGGACUACGAGACCUUGGACAGUGAGGCCUCCUCCACCACCGUAUCCCACCAUGAUGCGCCCCCAUCGGUCCCUGUCAGCAGUCCCGACGAACGGCCGGAACCACCCGCAGCAAGUCGGAAGCCAGUCCAAGCUCAGAGCGACAGCAGAAAUAGAGAACCAGAUGCAAAGCUCCAGAGCCUGAUCGACAUCCAGAAUCGCGUGAAGGACAAUGAGAUCAGUAUGGACGAAGCAGUCAAUCUAUUCCGGCAGUGGGAAGAGAGCCACAAUCAUACACAGUCGAUGAGUACACGUCGAGGUAAUGGGGACCGACAGAGCAAUAUACAGAAGUUAUUCAAAUGGAAGCAGGGUCGUCCAAAUACUGUUUCAGAAUCAGUCAGGGACCAGCGAAGUCAGUCAACUUUCUAUAGGCCCACCCUAGGCAAUUCGCGUUCUGUUCCCCAUGCAUCCACCUCCACGGCCAAUAGCAAUUUUAAAGGGGCUUUUGCAUCUCAACAAGGUGGGCGUCGUCUACGAGCGCGUUCGGAGCCGGUAGCGACGGGCUUCACAUCGCUAACAUCAAAUACUUCCCAAGCACCCAUCGGCAACUACCUCAAUCCUAGUUACAUGCGAGGAUGCGAUAUUCAUGGUCUAGCAUCUAAGCAUCACAAGGAAGCAGCAUUGCGGUCGGUGUCGGCCAAUUCUUAUGGAAUUCCACCUCAAGCCGCCAGAGGUCGAGUGGGAGAUAUCGCUGAGAGACCAGAAAGAAAUCCAACAAAUCCAGGCGGAAUGAGUGUUUCCUCCAGGCUAAAUGCUACCAAUGGAACCUCUGAGAACUCAAACGGACCUGAUGCAAUUAGGAAUGAGAACGGCUCUGACUCGAAUCCAAUGGAACCACCCCCACCGAGGUCUCCAAGACAAAGUUCAGCAAAAGAUCCUGCGAAGCGUAUCUCCUGGCGAAACCAGGCCAACUUCAGCGACGAGUACAUUAACCGUCCGAUCCCGCCCAUCCCACCCCGGAACACCUCAGCUGCACCCAGCAACUACUCGCGUCUUCCAGGAGCCCGCCCCGUCCUCAUGUUCCCCCCUGAGCAUAGAGGAAGGAGUCCCUUGCCUGACGUGGCACCAAGAGGAGGAGGGGGAGCUGGUGUCGAUAGUGAUGCUAUCCCGGAGCACUCGGAGCAUUCUGUUCCGCAGACCCCUGAAGGACUACCAGAUAGAGUAGCACCACCCCCACCACGCAGAAGCAUCUCCCGUUCACAAUCACCCCUUCGCCACAGUCUGCGACCAAUUUUGCUGGGACACAAGUUUGUAACCUCCAUGCGUGCCGGCCGAUCAUCCACAUUCUCCUCCUCCUCUGACAGCAAUGAAAACUCCCGCAGCAACCUGGGUGACAUCCCUCGCCGACAGAGCGACCCUUCGGUGCCUGCCAAAGACGGGGCAGAACCCGUUUCCCCCAGCGAUCGAGACGCCUCUGGAAAACCCAAGCGGCCCAUACCAAGACCCAGAGGCCCUCGGCCAAGAUAGUCAAGUGCCAGUUCUUCCCAUCUUCUUGCAAUUGACGUUAAACCGUGCGACGAAUCAUAACUGGGAUUUGCAGAGGCAUAUGUUGUACAACACAAGUUUUCCAAUAUCCCAGAACUAUAUGAAUUUCAUAUUUCCUAAUACGCUGUGUAUAUGCACUUUUGUUCCUUAAAAAUAUAUCUUCCCGAAAACCGACUCACUGUUCUUUUUUAAAGUAAUGUUUUAAAGCUGUUCACCAUUUGAAUGUCAUUAGAUUUAUUUGAUCCCAUUUGAAAUUGAUUACAGCUGUUAGUGAAUCAAGCCCAUAUUUUUUUAACUGAAUCAAGUGCCCAUUUUCUUGUCUUUGUAUAGUAUUUUAAAACUGUGUUGAAAGAUGAACCUGUUAACUACAAGUCGACUUUGGUCUGUAUGAAUUCACAUAUAAAAAUAGAACUUUUUUUACAAGAAAUUAGAUGAUGUAACCUCAAAUAUAAAAAUUGUAACCUUUCAAAAGCUAUUAAAACAGAAGCACGCUAAAGCUUAUUAAAAAAUUUUAGUGAUGGCUCACGAGUGUUCAAUUUCAAAAAGUUUUUUUUUUAUUCUUCAAUCAACUCUUGCCCUUGUAUUAUUGCCACAAAGAUUGUCUGAUUUAUAAUUGAAUGUAAUUUGCAAUUGAUAAAUGUUCCUUACAUCAUGUCUUGUGUCAGUUCAUAAUCUGCAGACAUUAAGGAUGUAUUUAAACUAUAUUUCAUUGUUUAAGAAUGUUAACAUUUUGGGUAUGAUUCUAUAUUUUAAUAUCUGAUUUAUAUGUAUGGGGAUACAACUCUGAUAAUGAUCAUUCCAGAAUGAGUGAAUAUAAAGUUAUUUGGUAUGUUGUCCUCGUUCUUUUCUUUCUCCUGAUUAAGUGAGAAAGACUUUCAAGUUUUUUCACUAGGGUUUUUUUUAAUUAUAAAGAAAUAAUUGCAAGCACUUAAUUACCAUUAAUUAAACAUACAUGUAGCUUUUGAUAUUCUUAUUAUCUUUUUUAUGAAAUAAGAGAUUUUUUGUGACUUUUAAUUGGGAAACCCCAACUCUUUCAUAUCCUUGAUUUAAAGUUUGAGAUGUCAUUUGAUUGUGAAUAAUGAUUUUACCUAAACUGAUGUUUUUUUUUAAAGUACAUGAAUUUAGAUCCUUUAUAUUCCAAUUAAUAGAAGAAAGAAAGAAUCUUUCAUUUAAUGUAAUGUCAAAUUAUUCAUUAAAAGUGCAAUGACAAACUGUUUAGCCAUUUUUUUUAAACACAAAAUUCUCAGGAUACGGUUGUUUAAAUGACCAGUUAUAUUAUUAGAAGUGGAGCACCAAUUUUAUAACACAAAUAAUAUAUCAUGUGAGUAAAAAAAAAAAUGACACCUGACAAAUCCCCAAUUUAACAAAAAAAUAUUUUAUGAACACAUGAUUAUUAUAUAUGACCUGAAAGAGUACCUUCUCCCAAAUAAUCUGAUACCAUAUUUAUGUGAUAUGUAUUAACACUUGAAUCAGGAGGUAUUUUUUUACCGUGAUGUAAAAUUUGAUUUGCGCUAAAGCAGUGCUUGGCUACAGCCUGCAAUGAAUGAAUACAGACGCCAAUGGUGUCAUAAUCCUAUGUGAGUUAGUAAACAUAUUUGCAAACCCAUUUCUAAUGAAAUUAACUUGAAUAUUGAUACUAAAACAAAGUUUAUCAAACAAUUCUAAUGUUGAUUAUUGAAAAGGUGUUUUGCGAUGGAUUUUAAUGCAACCCUUUCACACAGUACAAAAAAUCGUAAUUUGAACGAUGAUUCCAGGGAAAAAUAAGGUUAUGACGAAUUUUUAGCACGUGUGAAACCAAAAUAGAAUCACUAACGCUAAUCACAAAUUCAAAUUCUACUCUGGAGAUGAAUUCCAGCUAAGUUUCAUUCAAAUUACGGUACAAAUUUUACGUGUGAAAUGCUUGAACUCCAAAACAUCUUUUGGGGGCGGAGCAUACGUGUCCCUUUCAAGCACUUCUGUAGAUAAUACAAUUGCCAUGCAGUGCUUUGAUUGACAAGUCGCCAAGGACACAUACAGCCCUCGCUCGGGAAUUCGAAUUCAAAUCACAGUUUUCGAGUGAACAUGUGAAAGGCCCGAUGAUUCUAAAGACCAAUUGCAAUCAUUAAUACAAUGGUGAUUCAAGAUUCACAUGUGAAAAGGCCCACAGACAUCUGGAUAUAUUAAUAGGAGUCAUGCUGUACUUUGGUACAAGUCAAAAUUGAGGAUGCUAAUGUCCUACUUUUUUAAAUUGUGGAUAAAAUCAUUGAGAAUUUAUACUCAUCCAGUUCACAGUGAUUCUAUAGAGAUAUAUUUGCUCACAUUAAUAAUUUAUAUUGACUAGUGAUCAGAAUAAAAUUUAUAUGUAAGCACGGAGCACAAAAUAUGAAAUGUUGCCUAAAGGGCGUAUAUUUUUAUACUAGGCUUAUUAAAUAAUUGCAGUCUUGAAGCAAUGUUUUGAAUUUAUGAUGAAUUAUUAUUUUGCUGGGGGAUGAAGCUUUCAUCAUUAUUAAAGUCAAGUGGUGAAAAUACAAAAUGUGAGUCCAGACAAAGGUAAAGAUUUGCGCCUUUUAAAAGAAGAAUAUGUAAGUAUAUUUUUUAUAUACUCAUGUUGAGAUGUUAGCAAGCUUAAACCAUUGGAAUGAUGUAGGGUUUUUAAGAAUUAUAAAAUUGACCGUAAAUAAUUUGGCUUGCUCACUGUAAUAAUGAUCACUCGCGUUCAAACUGAAAAAUAAUUCAUGUUUUGUAGGAACUAGGGGAUUUGAACCUCUAAAUGCAUGGCUUAAAUAAGUACAGCAAAUCUACCACUAGGCAAUAUUACUGGCUCUUUUACCUAUACAACAUUUUUUUUCCUUUUUUUUUUCAUGGAUACUAUUGUGCUUUUACAUGAAAAUUGUAUUUUUUUCUUAAAAUCUUUAAGGGCUUUCAUUUAAAAGGUGCAAAGCAAAUAAAAAUACUGUACCUUUAUAGCCUUUUUAUCUUUGAAGGUAUAUGUUUUUACAAGAAAUCUUUCUAGGUUAUUUAAUCAUUCCCAUCCAGUGCAAAAGUAGGCAAUCGCUUUAACAAUCAAUUGUGUAGCCUUAUAAUUUGAUAAAAGUAAGAAUCUGUCAAAAGACAGUUAAAUUUCCAAGUCGAGUCCUCAUGAUAAGAUGUUAUGCAGGGAACAGCUGAGCUUUGGCUACCCUGGGUAUAUAACAGUUAUUACUUAUAUUGACUUAAAAUAAUGUAGUAAAAAGAGUGCUUCAACUUUAAACCAUAAUUACCUUUAAUAUGUACAUUUAGGUAGGCAAAUGCAGCCUAAAAGUAUUAAAUUAAGUAUGUUAUUUUAUUCCAUGCAAGCUGACUUUAGUUCCAAGUCCUCUGUAGUCUGAUGGAGUAUAUAUAUUUGUGCUGAUUAUUGUAAAUUUAAAACAAAACAUAUUGUUUCAUAUUGUCUGAUAAUGUACAGUGGGUGUUGUACAUUUCAUAAAUAGAUAUUCUAUGAAAGUAUGAAAAGAUUAUAUAGUGCUGAUAAAAGCCUUCAAGGUGAAAAAUCAAAUACGAUCAAGCAAUUAUGUUACUGUGAAAUAUGCUACAAAGGUAA